AUGGCCGACAACCAAGACAAGGUGUCGCCAGCCCCGGCCGACGCCCCGCCGUCAAAGACGCCUGCCGAUACUUCGGCCGCUAUUGACUCGGCCGUUGACGAGUCGGCCGCGCUUGACAGCUCCGAUCCCAGCAAGACACACCAUAACAUCAUCGAGCAUGCUCGUGCCGCCGCUCACAAGGAGCGCAAGAUGACCCUUCGUCAGGGCAUCAAGCUCUACCCCAAGGCCAUCUUCUGGAGUAUCCUUAUCUCCACCUGUAUCGCAAUGGAGGGUUAUGACAUUAGUCUCGUCAACAAUUUUUACGCUUUCCCCCAGUUCAACAAAAAGUAUGGUGUUCUUGGCGACGACGGCACCUACCAGGUUCCCGCCGCUUGGCAAGCCGGUCUGAGCAAUGGAGCCAAUUGCGGUGAAAUCAUCGGCCUAUUCAUCAACGGCUGGGUUUCAGAGCGCCUUGGGUACAGAUACACCGUAUGCGCCUGCCUCAUCUGUGUCGCCGGCUUCACGGCUAUCUUCUUUACCGCCCAGAACGUCCAGACCCUGCUCGUUGCUGAGAUUCUGUGCGGUAUCCCGUGGGGUAUCUUUCAGACUCUCACCAUCACCUAUGCAUCCGAGGUCUGCCCUGUGGCUCUCCGUGGCUACUUGACCACCUAUGUCAACUUCUGCUGGGGUCUUGGCCAGGAGAUUGGUAUUGGCGUUAUUCGCUCUAUGCUCAACCGUAACGAUGAGUGGGCUUAUCGUAUCCCCUAUGCCCUGCAGUGGAUGUGGCCGUUGCCCCUCUGCGCGGGUAUCUUCUUUGCUCCUGAAUCGCCCUGGUGGCUCGUCCGAAAGGGUCGUAACCAGGAGGCCAAGCAGGCCUUGCUGCGUCUAACCAGCCUCGACCGCGAAACCGACUUUGACGCCGACGAGACCAUUGCCAUGAUGGUGCACACCACUGCCCUCGAGGAGAAGAUGACUGCCGGUGCCUCAUACUGGGAUUGUUUCAGAGGGGUCGAUCUUCGUCGAACCGAGAUCGUUUGCAUGAUCUGGGCGAUACAGAACUUGAGCGGCAACUCUUUCUCCAACUAUUCCACUUACUUCCUCGAGCAGGCCGGUCUCUCAGCUGACAAGGCGUAUUCGUUUGCCCUCGGCCAGUACGCCAUCAACAUGGUUGGCGUGCUGGGCGCUUGGUCUUUGAUGACGCUCGGUGUUGGCCGACGAACCCUAUAUCUUUACGGGCUCUGUGGUCUCUGCACCAUGCUUUUCGUCAUGGGAUUUCUCGGCCUAGUACCUGAUGCCCAUCGAGACCAGGCAUCUUUGGCCACUGGCAGCAUGAUGAUCGUGUGGGCACUCUUUUACCAGCUCAGUGUGGGCACCGUGUGCUACUCCCUCGUUGGAGAGCUAUCGUCCCGACGUCUCCAGAUCAAGACUGUCGUGUUGGGCCGUAACGCUUAUAAUAUCAUUGGCAUCAUCAACAGCGUCUUGACGCCGUAUAUGCUGAACCCUACCGCUUGGGACUGGGGCAACUAUGCCGGAUUCUUCUGGGGUGGUAUCUGCUUCUUGUGCAUCAUCUACACCUACUUCCGCCUGCCAGAGCCGAACGGCCGAACCUUUGCGGAACUCGAUGUGCUUUUUGAGCGAGGCAUCAGUGCCAGGAAGUUUGCCACGACCGAAGUAGACGUGUUCCAUGAGACGGUAGAAGAAAAUGUCAUGAACCGCUACGAAGAGCUCGCCGAUUCACCAUCGGACAGGGCUGAUGAGAAGGCCUAA